AUGGAUAAUUCACAACUUCAGAUACCUGCCCAAGCCAUCUGCUUCAUUGCAGUUUGGAAACAAACUUCCUCCCCAGCUGUUACCAGUGGGAAAGGAGCAGACUGUGGACCCUCUCUUGGGUUAGCGGCUGGCAUCCCGUCCCUGGUGGCCACAGCCCUGCUGGUGGCCUUACUAUUUACUCUGAUUCACCAAAGAAGAAGCAGCAGUGAUUCCACCGAGGAAAGUGAGAGGCCUUGUGAAAUUUCAGAAAUCUAUGACAGUCCCAGGAUAGCUGAGAAUCCUAGGAGGUUACCCACAGAGGAGAAGAAUAUCAUGGGAGCAGAAGAAGCCCACGUAUACGUGCAGACAGUUUCAGGAAGUGAGGGGCCCAUUCGUGACACUUACCGUCCUGCUGUCGAAGUGCAGAGAAGGAGGGCGUUGUGGUGGCUUAUUCCCAGACUGAGCCUGGAGUGA